UUUUUACAUUUACAAUUUUCAACUCUCCUGACAGUCCACUUAACUAAAAUCAAGAACUCUCUAUAUAACACUUUUACUCUCUGUAGGGUACUUCAGGCAACCAGAAUUUUUCACACAGCAUCUCCCCGUCUGGCUCCUUUGCCUCCUCUUCCUGAGCAUGGAGGGAAAGUUCGUCAUGGAUUGAUUCCUGAGGAAUUCUUUGAGUUUAUGUAUCCUAAAACCGGAGUUACAGGUCCUUAUGUAUUGGGCACAGGAUUUAUCCUGUAUCUUCUCUCCAAAGAAAUCUAUGUUAUUACUGCUGAUACCUUUGCUGCCAUGUCAACAUUGGGGCUCCUGGUCUAUAUAGUUAAAAAAUAUGGUGCCUCUGUAGCAGCUUUUGCUGAUAAACUCAGAGAGGAUCAGAUGGCUGAGGCAGAAGCACUGAAACAGGCUUCUGUGAAAAAUUUCCAAGAUGCAAUUGACCAGGAAAAGCAACAGCAAGCUCUGGUUGACAAACGUCACUACCUUUUUGAUGUCCAGAGGAACAACAUUGCCAUGACAAUAGAAGUCUUCUACCGAGAAAGGCUGCACAAGGUGUACACUGAGGUGAAGAAUCGCCUGGAUUAUCACAUUGCAAAGCAGAACAUGAUGCGACGCAAAGAACAAGAACACAUGAUCACAUGGGUGGAGAACCACGUGGUGAAGAGCAUCUCUGCUCAGCAGGAAAAGGAAACCAUUGCCAAGUGCAUUGCAGACCUGAAGUUGCUAGCAAAGAAGGCACAAGCACAAUCACAGGCCCUUCUGUAAACUAUUUUGUCAUAAUUAAGACAGUGUCAAAGGCAGUUUUUACUAGCAGUGUAAAAGAUGUAUUCUUUGUGACCCUCAAUAAAAAUCUUUCACUGAA